AUGCAGCUCAGCGAACACUUGGAAUUGAUUAAGACGGGCGACGAGCACUAUUUCAGCCACGCUCUGCAUUAUUUGUUGCCAGCGUUACAGAACAGCAGUAGCAGCGAUGAGAGGAUAUUGAGCGUGUACUGCCUUGUGGGACUAUACGUGCCACAUCACAUAACGAUAAACCCAUUCAACGCCCCGAUACAGCAAGUACUCGAGAAGGAAAUAAGCUCAGGUGGUGAUGGUGAUGUAUUGCUGGUGUGGUUCAUCAUAUCCGUCACUACGCAUCCCAGCGCUUUCGGCCAUUUUAGCAAUAUGUCGCUUGAGCAAGUUAGGAGUGAGUUCAACAAGUCAGAUAAGCAGACAAUGGAGCAGUACGCGCAGCUUAAGCAAAAGACAUCUGGAACAUCUGGCUGGGCAGAUGAGCAGACUGCAUAUUUGCUAUACAAGGCUUCAACAAAUACUCUCAAUAUGUCCGAGCAGAGACUUCUCAAAAACAACGCAGACACUAUCAAUAUCAAAGAUAUCCCGUCUCAUCAUAUACCUGGACUGAUAAACUUUAAUCCACAAAUUGCAGAUGUAGUGCUUUUCCCCGUCUUGUCUCAAUCACCAGUACAUCUCCACCAACUAGCGACACUCCCUCCGCACAAGUCUGUGUUGCACGUUGUAGCCAAUCUAUGUAAAAGAGGUCGUGAGCUCAUGACCAAGACAGUACUCGGGAUGUUCAUAUCUAACUGCAUAGAAUGGAUUAACACGGCUGAGGAAUUGAGAGAGAGUGGUGUGAAAUAUCUGUGCAUGUUUCUCGCUACUCUACUCGACCAAGACAUUCUAGAGAAGGACGACGCCGUCAUGGUUGAAAUUUCGCACUUCUGCAUUGAUUACUCGAGAUUUAGCGAUGCAAUUCAAUUGUAUGCUCGACUCAAUUAG